ACUGCUAUCAUUGCUGCCACUCCUCCACAGCUCAGCUCCCAGGCAGCGCAAUUCCAUCCAUCGACGUGCCUGCCUCGCGUGUUGCCGCCACCACGACCUCCAGCAUCGCAGGACGAUCAUACCCGACACGAUGAGGCUCAACGGCUUUCUUGCAUCGACGCUUGUCAGCAUCGCUGCUGCAGCCACUGCCGACCAGCAGCCCUCCGAGGCCUACAUCCUUCGCAGCAAGCUUCCCGCUGCCGACGAUGCCGCCUCAUUACCGCACGAGCUCGCCGAGGCCGUACUCCUCCAGCGCCUGAGCACUCCAGACCGUUCCUAUCCCCUCGGCAGCCUCCCCGAGUCUGUCAAACCAGACCACGCCCUCGCCAUGAUCAGCCAGCUCGGCAAGCCCUCACUGCCUCUCUUCCAGCAGACCGAGCGUGUCCAGCCGCACCAGCUCAUCAUCGAGUUCUCUGGCGUGACCACUGAUAUCUACAAGACAAUCAAGGCCGCCAUCCCCCGCGUGCCUCUCGCCUUCACAUCGGACCAAGUCGUCUACCUGCGAGCGCCUGCCAACACCAAGAAGUGCGCAUUUGGACCUUCAAUUAGCACCAGCCGGACCGAGUGCUGGGAUGGUACAACACAGUACCUGCGCUACGAUGUGACCAAGGACUCCAAUGUCAUCAAGCAGCUCGCCAUCAAUCUGGCGCACAUCAAGAGCGCCGCUCUCGAUGGUCGUAUGGAGACGAUCUUCCUCAUCAACGGCCCCGACUCAGCCCAUGCACGUCGCCACGAGGAGAAGCCCAUGACCGAGGCAGCCUACACCUUCGACCCCGCGAACCCUGGCUCGACCGGCGUCUCCAUUGUCGGCGUGGACAGUCCCGCUCCUGUCGAGGGCAUCUCCUUCGCCGCGCCCACCGGCGUCAUUCCCCCGUGCUUCAAGAGCGAGGAGGCUUGCAACAAGGGAACCAACAACUGCACUGGCCACGGCAAGUGCGCGCCCAAGUACUCGGGUGAGUCUGCUUGCUUCCACUGCAAGUGUCUGCACACGCGCGAGACCAACUCGGCUGGUACGGAGAGCCUCUACCGCUGGGGCGGCUCCGCUUGCCAAAAGAUCGAUGUCAGCACGCCGUUCUGGCUCUUUGCAGGCGUGGGCAUCGCCCUGGCCGUGACUAUCGGCUUUUGUAUCACUCUGCUUUACAACGUCGGCGAGGAGAAGCUUCCUGGUGUCAUUGGCGCCGGUGUGGCUCGUGGCUCAAAAUAAGGGCUCAUGAGGGAAAGGAUCAUUGGUCGGGCAUCGCCUAGAAAGCUUGAGGAUGCCCGAUACAUGUAGCUCACCAAUGCUGGUCUCAUUGUAUCAUAUUUGGUUUAAUGUUGUCAAGAGGGAAGAAUUGCAUCCGCGGUGAUGCUUACAGCUUUUUGUCUUUUUUAGCACACGCAAUCCAAGGUGAAUAGAAUGGCUAGCGUCUGUCACUAUAUAGUCGACUGUUCUUCACAGGGUAU